AUUUACAUCUUUUAUGGUAUCAGAGCCCCUCUCACGUGAGCUAUUUUUUUCGGCCAUGGCGAUCCUACCCACCACACCCGUCAUUCAACUCACGGCCACUGCAAACUUCCCCAUCAAACUCACAGCAUCCAACUAUCAUGUCUGGAAAUGUUAGGUACAUGUUGCCCUAACUGGUCUUGGCCUUGACGGCUAUCUCGACGACAACAUCUCCGUUCCGGGUCAGUUCACAGAUGCUACCAAAUCUACGGUAAAUCCUUGCUACCUUACUUAGUAUCGUCAGGACAAAACUAUCCUGAGUGCACUACUUGGGAGUUGUUCUGAGAUAAUUCAACCAAUAAUUACAUCGGCUUUUACCUCCCAUUAGGCAUGGGAAAAACUUAGUAUGACGUAUGCUAGCACCUCUUGGGAUCGGAUUAUUUCUCUAAAAUCCACCCUUGCCAAAACAAAGAAAGACAAUCACACCAUCACAGAAUAUCUUGCUGAAAUGACUGCCCUUGCUGAGGCUCUUGCCUUGGCGCAAAGUCCGAUCAUCGAAGAAGAUCUUGUUAUUAACAUCCUUAAUGGCCUCAGUUCAGAAUACAAGGAUCUCACCUCGGCCAUUCAUGUGCGCCCUACUGCCUUACCCUUGGCAGAACUUCAAAGAAUUCUGUUGGAUCACGAAGAUCGGAACCAAAAUCUGGACACUGUUGAUUCUCCACUAAUUCCCACGACUAAUGCUACGAUGAUUGAACGAUCUGGUCCUCCCAAUUCAGAUCGUCGUUCCAGCUAUUCCUCUGACCGGCGCCCAUCUCAUUCACGGCGAGGCCAUGGUGGCUUUCAGUACACUACUGCCCGCCAGUCUGCUCCUCUGGUCAUUUGCCGCUUUUGUGACAAUGCAGGGCAUGACGUCAAGGUGUGUCGCAAGCUCCAACGCUUUCUCCGUGACAAUCAAAUCCCGCACCCCGCUGCCCAUGUCAACCCAGUGGCGAAUCAUGUUGCUGCUAAAUCCUUUCCGGGACCUCAACAAUGGAUGUUUGACAGUGGGGCGUCCCACCACAUAGCCUCGGAUGCUACUAUGUUGCCUCAAUACUCCGAUUAUGGUGGCCCGGAUGAGGUCUGCCUUGGAGAUGGAUCGGGCCACGGGGGUGCAUCUUCUUCGCGGGGAGAACGUCCAUGAUGUCUACUAUGAACCGUGUCUGUCUCGGCCCAUCGUACCAUCUCCACAAAUUCACUCAAUCCAAGUUCUAUCUCAAUGGCAUCACACUCUGGGUCAUCCAUCUAGUCAUAUUUUUAUUUUGUUAGCGCGACGUUUUAAUAAAAUUAUCCGUUCUGGGGUUUCUAGUACGUUUCAUUGUAAUUCUUGUCAUAUUAAUUAUUAAUAAAAGCACAAAA